UCUCUCUCUGUGUGUGUUUUCCUCUUUCCAGGAGGAAGAGGGAGGCUGAGCUUGCUCCUGAGUGACAGUGGCAGGGCCUCCCUGUGUGUGCAAAACUCCGGCAGCUUGGUGUGCAAGGAGUGCCAAAUCCGGAGUGGCGGAGAGAGAGACACCGCUGCCGAGACAUCUGGGGCUGGGGGAAGGCUUGCCCCCUCUUCUCCCCCUUCCUUUGGAGAUUAGCAGGAAGUGGGGUGCCCAGGGGGAGAACCCACCAGAAUCCAGCUUGGCCAUUGGAGGAGGAAGAGGAGGAAGAGGAGGCUGCACUGCGGAAUAACGGGAGCGCAAAGAGGAAGAGGCCAAGGCUGCUCCCUUGACUGCUGCUCUGGCUGAUUGUCUCGGAUACAACCACCCAGGUUUGUUGCUUAUUUACAAUCCCAACAAUGGCCACUUCCUCCUCUUGCAACUUGGAAGACGACGAGAGCCUGAAGGGGUGCGAGCUCUACGUCCAGAAGCACAACAUCCAGCAGAUCCUGAAGGAGUGCAUCGUGAACCUCUGUAUUGCCAAACCCGACCGGCCAAUGAAGUUCUUGCGGGAACACUUUGAGAAACUGGAGAAGGAAGAAUGCAAGCAGAUCCUGGCUUGGCAGAAAUCCAACUCCCAGUCGGAUUCGCACGACGAUGAGAUCUCUCCUCCGCCUCCGAACCCGGCGGUCAAGGCGCGGCGCCGAAGGGGGGGAGUCAGCGCCGAAGUCUACACCGAAGAGGAUGCGGUUUCGUACGUCAGGAAGGUUAUUCCCAAGGACUAUAAAACGAUGACCGCUUUGGCCAAGGCCAUCUCCAAAAACGUCCUCUUUGCUCACCUGGAUGACAACGAGAGAAGUGACAUCUUUGAUGCCAUGUUCCCCGUGACACACAUUGCUGGAGAGACCGUCAUACAACAGGGUAAUGAAGGAGACAACUUCUAUGUGAUUGAUCAAGGAGAAGUGGAUGUGUACGUCAACGGAGAAUGGGUGACCAGCAUCGGAGAAGGGGGAAGCUUUGGAGAGCUUGCGCUCAUCUAUGGGACGCCACGCGCUGCCACCGUCAAAGCCAAGACCGACCUCAAGCUCUGGGGCAUCGACCGGGAUAGCUACCGGCGCAUUUUAAUGGGCAGCACGCUGAGAAAACGGAAGAUGUACGAAGAGUUCCUCAGCAAGGUUUCCAUCCUAGAAUCGCUAGACAAAUGGGAGCGACUGACGGUGGCCGAUGCGCUGGAACCUGUCCAGUUUGAGGACGGAGAGAAAAUUGUGGUUCAGGGGCAGCCGGGGGACGACUUUUUCAUCAUCACCGAGGGGACGGCUAGUGUACUCAGAAGGAAAUCUGAACAUGAGGAAGAACUUCUGGUUCUCAACCUGGGGUCCUCAGAUGUUUUUGGUGAGAUUGCCCUUCUGCUCAACAGACCCCGGGCUGCGACGGUGGUGGCCCGUGGGCCCCUGAAGUGCGUCAAGCUGGACCGCCCCCGUUUUGAGCGGGUCCUGGGCCCCUGCUCGGAAAUCCUCAAGAGGAACAUCCAGAGAUACAACAGCUUCAUCUCCCUCACUGUUUAAGUGCUCCCACCCUCACCCUUUGCGUUAAAAUGUCUGCACUUGAAACUCCACCCGUGUGCCGUUCCAUAGCUUUAUGAUGCCUUCAAGAGAGGUUCACAUGUCAUGUAUGUUUUUCAAGUGUUCACGUCAGGUGUGCUGGAUGUCCAGCUGUCAUACAUGGUUUCAAAGGGGGAGGUACUUGCAGAGAUCUGGAUGGAAGUGGCAUUGGGACACUGUCAAGAGUUCUAACUUUGACUUGUAUUGUUCAGUGUCCAUCAUCCGCUACCCUACUCAGCAUUAAUUAUGCUUGGUGUCUCUUCCACAUCUUAUUUAUUUCAGCUAGUUGUGAUGAAAGUCACUCCGAUCUGUGUUUUGUGAAACUGGAAUGAUGUUCCCACCUCAUGGUGAAGCCCUCCAGAUGUUGUCUAACUAUGUAUCCCUCACUACUCAACAAACUAGCUGGAGAUAGUUUCCAGAAGGUGGAAAUGUGGGUUUUCCUUCUUGGACUACAAUUCCCAGCCAUUCAGGUUGAAAGCCCUGGAUCAUCCUGAUGGAACUUGGAGUCCAGAAGACUAGAGGGUAUCCCCACCUCAUGUUGAAGCCUACUCCACAAGCUAGCUGGGGAUAGUUUCCAGAAGGUGGGAAAUGUGAGUUUUCCUUUUUGGACUACAAUUCCCAGCCAUUCAGGUUGAAACAAUCUAAGUCCUAGAUCAUCCUGAUGGAACUUGGAGUCCAGAAGACUAGCGGGUAUCCCCACCUCAUGGUGAAGCC